AACUCGAUCGUUAGUAGGCUAGUAGCCAUCAUCGCCAACAACCAGAUGGCUCGCUUCGCCGUGGUCGCCGCCAUCGUCGCGCUCCUCGCCGUCUCCGCCGCCGCUCAGGGCCCCAUGCCGUCGCCCAGGAUGGCCCCGCUCCCAGCGCCGCCGGCGAGGUCCCCUGCGCCGGUCGCCACUCCGCCCACGGCCACCCCUCCCACCGCCGCGUCGCCGUCCCCAAUGGCCUCGCCCCCGGCCCCGCCCAUGGAGACCCCGACCGAAGCUCCCUCCGCGGUGACCCCCUCCGCGAUGACCCCCUCCGCAGUCUCCGCCACACCGGCCGGCGCCCCAACCGACGCCCCCGCGAGCUCCACCGUCUACACGUCCACCGCCAGCUUCGUCGCUGUCGCCGGCGCGGUUGCCGCUGCCAUCGUGUUCUAGAUGGAGCGGAGACUACGCUUCUGUUUUCGUGCUGUUCAUAUUACGAGAUUCGUUCUACAGUAUGAUUCUUUAUUCAUUAGAGACAGAUCGAUCGAGGAAAGGGUUGACACCGCAUCGCGCGCGAUGUAAAUCUUGCUACACAUGCAUGGGAUUAUCUUCAAUGCAAAUUCUUUUGUUCGUUA